AUGAUUACAAAUUUGGGAGAACAUGUCAUCGGAGGUAAUAUCAUUGGAGGAUCGUAUGACAGGACGCCGAUUGCUAUUCCUAGGAUUGUGCUCAAUAUCAUUGAGCAUCGUUGGCCUUUUACCUUGAAGAGGAGACAGUUUCCAGUCAGAGUGUGCUAUCAAAUGACAAUAAACAAGAUUCAGGGACAAAGUCUUGAUAUAGUGGGGGUUUACCUGCCUAAGCCGGUGUUCAGUCAUGGCCAAUUGUACGUAGCAGUUUCGCGAGUAAGAUCAACCGACGGCUUGCAUAUACUGAUUGACAACGACAGUGAAGUUCCACAAUCAUAUACUAGAAAUAUAGUGUAUCACGAGACAUUUGCUGAUGUGCACACCGCACCGACAUCACACACAGGUAAAUAA